GAAGGCGGCGAGUCUUCUGGAACACAGAGGGAGAGAGUUCACACGAGAGAGCGUGUGCGCGUCCCUCAGCAUCUCUCCCAUCAACAAACACCAUCAGCGGAGCUUUAAUGGACUUCUCUGCCUGGUCCACGUUGAUCCAAGUGAAUGUUGGAAUAAGGAGGAUCGCCCAGGGAGUCCGAUUGGAUCAGCUUUCCCAAAAUGAGUGAAGAAGCCAAAGAAAAAAGUAGCUCCAAACCAGCGCACCGUAAAAAGAAAGGCAAGAAGUCGGACAGCAAUGCCAGUUACCUGCGGGCAGCGAGGGCAGGGAACCUUGAGAAGGUCCUCGACUACCUGAAGACUGGUGUCGACAUCAACAUCUGUAAUCAGAAUGGGUUGAAUGCAUUGCACCUGGCAUCCAAAGAGGGGCAUGUGGACGUGGUGGCCGAGCUGCUCAAAUUGGGUGCCAACGUAGAUGCAGCAACCAAGAAAGGAAACACGGCGCUGCACAUUGCCUCACUGGCAGGACAGGCGGAAGUGGUGAGAGAGCUAGUGACCAAUGGGGCCAACGUCAAUGCAACAAACAUGUUCAUCCACUACUCACAAUUUUUUCUCUCUAUCACUUAUUUCAUUUAA